AAAUCGAACGAUACUCAACGACGCUCGACUCAAGCGCACCCCUGGUCUCUUUCCUCCUCUCACCACCUAGCUCCUGCACCUCACGCCUGUGCACGCGGUCGGCGCCGCCCACAAUCCUUCCGACCAAUACAAUUUCACCAUGUACCCGACCCAACCACUCACUCUCCUUACUGCACAGGCAACCGCAUCCAUGAACGCGACCAACUUCAACCCGUCUGCGUGCGACCUUGCCACCACCUCCCUUCGCGCCGUUUUCCCCGCGAGACCUGCCCUGAUGGCUCUAUCCCUCUUCGCCACAUACGUCCUCUCUCUUGCCUUCUACCGCCUCUUCCUUAGCCCCCUCGCCUCCAUCCCUGGCCCCUGGUAUGCUGCAGUCUCCGGCUUUUGGAUCACCACCCACGUCGUACGCAUGCGCCAAUGUCGCACCGUACAGGAUCUCUUCGAUACCUACGGUCCUAUUGUCCGCAUCGGCCCGAACAAGAUCGCAUUUUGCGACGCUGGUACGAUGCGCAGCGUCUAUUGCGUCCAUAAGUUCGACAAGAGCGCGUACUACAAGAGUAUUAUCACAAACAACAAUGACCAUGCGAUGACGACCCUCCCUCAUGCCGAACACGCGAUACGCAAGAAGAGCUACGCGCCCCACUACACGCCCGCCAACCUCUCGCUCUUCCAGCCAGAGUUGCACGAUCUCGCCCUCAAGCUUACCGACAUCCUCUCGACCCGCCCGUCAUCGGUCGAUGUCCUCGAUCUCUUCCGACACCUUAUGAUUGACGUCGUUGCCUGUGCUGUCUUUGGCACACGCACAGGCUCGCUUGAUAACUGGAACAAGGGUACUCGCGACCCUCUCGGCAUUGCAGUUUACGAUUUUCCAAAGCGCGGUAUCAUGAGAAGCGCUGUUCCGACCUGGGCCUGGAAACUUGUAUCAAAGAUCCCGAACGCGAGGUUCAGAGAAGUAUGCAACUCGGACAGCAUCAUAGCCGAGUUUGUGGGCUCUCGUCUGUACGAGACGCGGGCCAAUACGCAGGCGGCGUCGCUCACCACGCCGGUCAGCCCGUGCUUCCCGACCUCAGUCUCCUCCGCCCUCGACCACAUGGAGAAGAGCGACCUCUCGGCACUCGGAUACCCCAACGGAAGCGAAUCUCAUGUCGGCGACGAGCAUAAGAUGCCGCUCAUCCAGCGCCUGCUCGUGACCAAGGCGCCUGCCGGCGACAAGGACCACAAGGACGUCGUCGCUAUCGACCGGGACAUUGUCAGCGAGGCGAUGGGCCAUUUGAUUGCUGGGGUCGACACCUCGUCAACGUCGCUCUCGUAUAUGUUCUGGGAACUCAGCCGGCGGCGAGACGUCAUGCAGCGUCUGCAGGCUGAGAUCGACGAGAUUAUGCCCGAUCCGCGCGUCAUUCCCGACGCAAGCGUUUUCAACAAAUGCGAAUACCUGAACGCUUUCAUCAAAGAAUCACUUCGCCUGUACGGUGCUGCGCCGUCGUUGCUCGAGCGCGUUGUACCCUCUCCUUCGUCACCUUCGCGGCCCUCUCACCUCACGAAACCCAGCUCGAAGCCCAACUCGCGCGCAGGCUCGCGGAACACGUCGCCGUCGCGCUCUGUGUCGCCCAUCCUGUCUACCGCGCGCCACGAAGAGUUCGACAUGAUGGGCUACGCGCUGCCGCCGGGCACGAUCGUCGCGACGCAGGCGUGGAGCAUGCACCGGGCCGAGGACGUCUUCCCGAGCGCGGAGACGUUCCUGCCGGAGCGCUGGCUCAUGGACACGCGCGCGGAGCGCGAGGGCGAGGAGGAGCGGCUCGCGAGGAUGCAUCAGUAUUUCAUGCCGUUCGGCGUCGGCACGCGCCUGUGCGGCGGGCAGAACCUCGCGCAGCUGGUGGCGCGCAUCGUCGUCGCCGUCGUGGUGCGCAACUGCGAGGUGCGGGCGGACGUGCGGGAGACGAACGAGCGGACGAUGAGCAUGCGCGACGCGUUUGUGCUGUUCCCCGCUGCGAAGGAGUGUAAAUUGGCGUUCGUACCGAGGUCGCAGUGAGGCGCGUCGACGGCUUGGGACAAGAUUCUCGGGCUGGACGCGGGCUCUGUCCUUUUUUUUCCUGUCCAUCGCUACCCGCCUGGGCUACUUUGUCGCGUAGCCGGGCAUUGGUUCCCGUCCACGCUUUUUGUCGGCUUGGUUUCGCGCACGCUCUUUUCGCUUUCGCACCCGCCCUUUUCGCUGUCGAUGUACCGUAGUCUUUGCGCAGUGGCCUCGCCGUUGGUCUAUCGAGCGGCGUUGCAGGGUAUUGUCGACCGUAUUACUGGUCAUUCCUGCUUUCUGAGCACGUUGUCGCUUUCUUGGAUUCGCGAGAGGCACGGCUGGUGAUCGACGGAGGCCAGAGAGAUUUUUGAUGUAUAAUAGUGUUAUUUCAUGGAGGUAUGAGAUGGCACGGGAUGAGAGAGAACACCGUCUUCGUAGUGUGAAAAACGUUGGUAUUUCGGUGUGUACGUAUUAACACGGAGACACUACGGUAAGAUUAUAUGCCGCCAAGCUUGACGUG